CCCUGGGCUGGUUGCCCUGCUCCUGGCUUUCCCCCCUAUACCUAUAAAUGAUGAAAACAGCCUUCAGGGCUGCGGUGUGAUUACUCAUUAGUCAGUGUUUAUACAGCCAUCAGAGCAGCAAUAGGUUUCUGCAUUAAGGAGUAGUAAUUCUGAAACAGAAAAUACUGGACAAGUUGCUUGUGAGGUCAGGACUUGCUUGGGAAAAAAAUUAAAAUAAAUCGGUGUUUUGGUCCUUACCUCGUGCUUCGUGCCUAUAGCUUAAAUAGCAUCCCUUCCUUGGAGUCGGGAUGGAGCUGUGCUAAAUGGAGCAGUUAAUGGAGCAUUUCACCGCUGGCUCGGGUGUCAGCAGGAGCGGAUUGAAACCGAAGAGCCAAAAGCACCGGGAGCUGUGGCAGGGAGCGGUGCUGGUAAUGAAUAACAGUGAGGGGUGUUUGGUCUCUGUGGAGAGCCGGGGCCGCUGGGAUUUUGGGGUGGCCUUGUGCAGUCCCCACCUGUGUGGCUGCUGCUGGAGUCCCUGGAUUAACCCCCUGUAAGUGUCUCUGCUGGAUCAGGCUUGCUCAGGUCCCUGUUUGGUUGUGGGUUUGAUUAGUCUUUCUCCUCAAAGCCUGGUUUAGAAGUCGAGUAAAGAUUAUUUUCAGUAACUUCUAAACUGCUCUCACUUAAUUCUGCCAUAUAAGAUGGCGUGUGACUGUUCUGGACCUUUGCUUUGAAGCUUGGGAUGGUGAAUUCUAAAAGCCACUUGCACUGAAGCUAUUUGAAAAUGAGCUGCAAUUUAUUUCUCUGCUCUCUUGUUGUGUGGCUGUUGUUUGAGGGCUGAGAGCAUGAAGCGCUGCCUGCUCUUAAAUGUGGAAAGGGGAUUGGUGGUGUUUCAGAUCUGAGAGGUUUUGAUGUUCUUCCUGGCCUUGGGCUUUGUCAGGCCUCUGUUAAAUGAGAUGCUUUGUGCAGCUGUAAUUGAAUGCAGGACGCUGGCCAGGAGCUUCUGAAACCCAAGCCUGGCUCUGUCAGUGACUUACCCAAUGGCCUUGGGCAAGUCACUUAACCUCUCUGUUUCUGUGCUUGUCGUGGUGAAGGGCAUGAUUCUCACUCGAGACUGAAUCUGUGAGUCCUGCUCGGUGCUGAGCUCUGUGACAGCUCUGCUUUCUGGCCAGCUUACAGGAUCCUUCUGGAACGUGUGCUAUGUUUUCCCCAGUGUUCUGAUAUCAACUGGAAAUAUGUUUUUCAUUUGACAAUUUGACAAUUGAUGGUGAUAGGAAAGACGUGCACUUAUGUCUUUACAAACAAGGUGAGAGUGUUAAUGUCUUUGAAAUGUCUCUACCAACCUCAAGCCACAAGUCUGUCCCAGAGCCCAGUUUGACUCCUGAACCUUAGGGUAAUAGGACAAAUGGCUUCAUACAAAGCCCAUUGCAGAAACCAGACAGCCUGAGCUUCUCAACUUCGAGGUGAAAUGCCAGGUUCAAGGGGAGCUAUGGGAUGGAGCCUGAUCUGAAGCUGAACGUGGGAUUCUCUGUGAGUGGCUGGUGCCAACAUCUGUGAUGCAGUCUGGGCUUCAGUCACACACUCCAUUGGGUAAAGGGUGCUAGCAGCAUGAUCUCAGAAAGGGAUUCAGAGACCACCUUCGAGGAGGAUUCCCAGCCCAACGAUGAGGUGGUGCCGUACAGUGACGAUGAAACAGAGGACGAGUUGGACAGUCGGCAGCCUGGGGCUGAACUGGGACCAAACCAAACCAGCAGGGACACUGAGGAGAGCCGAGAUCCUGGGAAAAAAGACUGCAGCUGGCAAGUUAAAGCAAACGAUCAGCGCUUCUAUGACCAGCCAAGCUUCAAGAGAACAAUCUUCCUGUGCUUCAAGAAAAGCAAAUAUGCGGGAAAUGCAAUUAAGACAUACAAGUACAACCCCAUCACUUUUUUGCCUCUGAAUCUGUUUGAACAAUUCAAGAGAGCAGCCAACUUCUAUUUCCUUGUUCUUCUCAUAUUGCAGUCGAUUCCUCAAAUAACUACCCUGUCAUGGUACACAACGUUGGUGCCCUUGCUCUUGGUGCUGGGAAUAACUGCAGUCAAAGACCUGGUGGAGGACAUUGCUCGUUACAGGAUGGACAAUGAGGUCAAUAACAGGACAUGUGACGUCAUCAAGGAUGGAAGGUUCAAAGCCACUAAAUGGAAAGAUAUUAAAGUUGGUGAUAUCAUUCGUCUGAAGAAAAAUACUUUUGUUCCUGCUGACAUUUUGCUGCUGUCCAGCUCAGAACCAAACAGUCUGUGCUAUGUGGAGACAGCUGAACUGGAUGGUGAGACUAACUUAAAAUUCAAAAUGGCCCUAGAGGUGACACACAGACACCUUCAGGAAGAAAGUGCCCUGGCAGACUUUGAUGGUCUGGUUGAAUGUGAAGAACCCAAUAACCGACUGGAUAAGUUUACAGGAACAUUAUCCUGGAGAAACUCCAGUUAUUCCCUGGAUGCUGAUAAGAUUUUGUUGCGUGGCUGUAAGAUGAGGAAUACAGACUUCUGCCAUGGAAUGGUCAUAUUUGCAGGUGCUGACACCAAAAUAAUGAAAAAUAGUGGAAAAACAAGAUUUAAAAGGACAAAAAUUGACUCCCUUAUGAACUACAUGGUUUAUACGAUCAUCGUGGUCCUUAUCCUGCUGUCGGCUGGGCUGGCCAUCGGACACACCUACUGGGAGCAGCAGAUUGGCAACUCCUCCUGGUACCUCUACGAUGCGCAGGACUUGAGCCCCUCCUACCGGGGCUUCCUCAACUUCUGGGGAUACAUCAUUGUCCUCAACACCAUGGUGCCCAUUUCCCUCUAUGUGAGCGUGGAAGUGAUUCGCUUUGGCCAAAGCUAUUUCAUCAACUGGGACCUGCAGAUGUACUACCCUGAGAAGGACACGGCUGCCAAGGCCAGGACCACCACGCUCAACGAGCAGCUGGGGCAAAUCCAGUACAUCUUCUCUGACAAGACUGGAACCCUCACACAGAACAUCAUGACUUUUAAAAAGUGUUGCAUAAAUGGGCAAAGAUACGGAGACUGCCGGGAUGCAGUGGGGCAGCUGCAGAGCCACCCAGAGCAAGUUGAUUUCAGCUGGAAUGCGUAUGCAGAUGGAAAGUUCUUAUUCUAUGAUCACUAUCUGAUAGAGCAAAUAAAGUCUGGAAAAGAGCCAGAAAUGCAGAAGUUCUUUUUUCUGCUUGCUAUUUGUCACACAGUCAUGGCUGACACUUCUGAUGGUCAGCUCUAUUACCAGGCAGCUUCCCCGGACGAGGGGGCUCUGGUGACGGCGGCGCGGAACUUCGGGUACGUUUUCCUGUCCCGAACACAGAACACCAUCACCAUAAGUGAGAUGGGGGUGGAGAGGACCUACGAUGUCCUGGCCAUCCUGGAUUUCAACAGUGACAGGAAGCGGAUGUCUGUCAUUGUAAGAGAGUCCAGUGGCAAUAUCAGGCUGUAUUGCAAAGGAGCUGAUACGGUGAUUUACCAGCGGCUGCACCCCAGGAAUCUAAAGAGAGAAGCCACAGAAGAGGCACUCGAUGUCUUUGCAAAGGAAACUCUCAGGACACUCUGCCUGGGCUAUAGAGACAUAAGCCAGGAUGAAUUUGAAGUCUGGAAUAAGAAGUUUGUGGAGGCCAGUUUGGCCACAAGUCACCGGAAUGAAGCUCUGGACAAAGUGUAUGAGGAAAUAGAAAAAAACUUGAUUCUGCUUGGUGCAACAGCUAUUGAAGACAAACUACAGGAUGGAGUUCCAGAAACUAUCUCCAGACUCUCCAAAGCAGACAUUAAAAUCUGGGUGCUUACUGGUGACAAAAAGGAAACUGCUGAAAAUAUUGGAUUUUCUUGUGAACUCUUAACAGAGGAAACGGCCAUCUGUUAUGGAGAAGAUACCAGUACUCUACUUCAAACCAGGCUGGAAAACCAGAGGAACAGGGCUGGAUCCAGUCCACAUUCUUCUCUCAGAAUGAACGAGCCCUUCUUCCAGGACAGCAGAGAUCGGGCUCUAAUCAUCACUGGCUCCUGGCUGAAUGAAAUCCUGCUGGAGAAGAAAAAGAAGAAAAAGAAACUUAAACUGAAACUCCCCAGAACGGCAGAAGAGAAGAAAAAGCAAACAGAGAAAAGGAGAAGGGCAGAGGCCUACAAGGAGCAGCAGCAGAAGAACUUUGUUGAUCUGGCCUGCGAGUGCAGGGCUGUGAUCUGCUGCCGUGUGACACCCAAGCAGAAGGCCAUGGUGGUGGAGCUGGUGAAGAAGUACAAGAAGGCCAUCACCCUGGCCAUUGGGGACGGGGCCAAUGACGUGAACAUGAUCAAAACUGCCCACAUUGGAGUUGGGAUCAGUGGCCAGGAGGGCAUGCAGGCUGUCAUGUCGAGUGACUACUCCUUCGGGCAGUUCCGCUACCUCCAGCGGCUGCUGCUGGUCCACGGGCGCUGGUCCUACAUCAGGAUGUGCAAGUUUCUGAGAUACUUCUUCUACAAAAACUUCGCUUUCACACUGGUCCACAUCUGGUACUCGUUCUUCAAUGGCUUCUCUGCCCAGACAGCCUACGAGGACUGGUUCAUCACGCUGUACAAUGUGCUGUAUUCCAGUCUCCCGGUCCUGCUUGUCAGCUUGUUCGACCAGGAUGUGAGCGACAAACUGAGCCUUCGGUUCCCCAGACUUUAUGUUUUGGGUCAGAGAGAUUUACUUUUCAACUACAAGAAGUUCUUUUUAAGUUUGCUCCAUGGAGCUCUAACUUCACUGAUCAUCUUCUUCAUCCCAUAUGGAGCCUACCUGAAAUCUAUGGGACAAGAUGGGGAAGCCCCUGCAGAUUAUCAGUCCUUUGCUGUCACAGCAGCAUCCUCUCUGAUAUUUGUUGUCAAUUUUCAGAUUGGCCUGGAUACAUCUUACUGGACUUUUGUUAACGCUUUUUCAGUAUUUGGGAGUAUUGCACUUUACUUUGGGAUCACAUUUGACUUUCACAGUGCUGGAAUCCAUGUUCUCUUCCCUUCUGUCUUUCAGUUCACAGGAACUGCUCCGAACGCUCUGCGACAGCCAUACCUUUGGCUUACCAUGAUUUUAACCAUUGCUAUUUGCUUACUGCCUGUAGUGGCACAGCGCUUCUUAUUCAUGACAAUCUGGCCUUCGGAGAGCGAUAAAAUCCAGAGGAACCGUCGGAAGUACCUGCAGGAGGAGCAGCACUGGAAACGGAGGCAGAGCGCGUUCCGCCGCGGUGUCUCCGCCCGCCGCUCCGCCUACGCCUUCUCGCAUCAGCGCGGCUACGCCGACCUCAUCUCCUCGGGCCGCAGCAUCCGCAAGCGCCGCGCCCCGCUGGACGCCGUGCUGGCCGCAAGUGGCAGGGGCUCCGGGCACACGGGGGAGACCGGCUGAUGGACUGACUGCCUGUGGGGAGGAGCUGGAGCACAGCGACUGCACAGAACUGUUCCAAACAAACUCAGCGUAUUUUUUAACCGCCCGGCAUAAGGAUGUUAAGAUUUUUAUGUCUUAUCACAGAAGUUUCUGGGUUUGUUCCUGGGAGCACAGAAAGACCAAGAGUUCUCCGUAGAGCUACUGAUCCUUGUGUGACCACUCUGUAUGACAGUGAAGGAUCCAUGUGCUGGGAAUGGAAACCCAGCAGUGUCAGUUUUUAGUGAUGCCUGGAAUUGCAGACUUUUCAGUUCUUAAUACUAUGUUGGUAUAAAACUGUAUCUACAUUUCAUAUUUGUCAUUGAAAGCGAUUUCGCUUGUGUGCUCCAUUUCAUUAAUUCAGACACGAUGGCACAUGGGGUGCCCAGACCUGGAGCGAGCCCUGGCUGCUCCCAUUGGAGCUGUCACGGCUGAGCUGGGGUGUCUUUGGUGAUAAACUCCAGCCAGUGUCAGAUUGGAUUAGGGAUCAGGAUAGAUCUCAGCUCUGGAAGCCGCCCCUGGAGCUGGCACAAGCUAUUCAUUUCAGUUUUGGACACAGUGAUGGACAACUAGAAAUCAGUUACUUUCAUUGGAAUGUAUUUCACUUGCUGGUGCCUCAGUUCUUACAGUGUAAAAAGUAUUUUUUUGAGUCUCUUUACAUUUGCACAUUCUUUACUCAAGUUGAGGUGUUUGAAUGUCUCACAUUUAUCUACUUCCCCCUCCUGAACUAAAGCUAAUUAUUGAAAUGGUUUUAUAGUAAAAAUUAUGACCUACAGCUCUCAUUCAAUGGAAUGUACAUUUCAAAACUGUAAAGCAAAUAAAUAUCCAAAAGUCUA